CUAUGGCCAGAAAUCUUUUGAAGGCAGGACAUCAACUUAAGGCUUUUGACAUUUCAAAAAAAAGCCUGCAAAGAUCUUCAGGACAAGGGAGCUACAAUUUCCUCAGAAAUCGCAGAGCUUGCCAGGAACUCGAAAUAUAUCAUUACUAUGCUGCCCAAUAGUUCCACAGUGAAUACCGUCUAUGAGGAACUAAUUAAUUCAAGUGGUCUUGAGAAAAACACAACCUUUAUUGAUUGCUCUACAAUUUCUCCGGACCUUGUCAGACAGCUCCAGGAAAAACUGUCCAAGAAAGGUGUCCGUUUUAUAGAGGCCCCCGUUUCCGGAGGAGUUCCAGCAGCGGAUAAGGCCACCCUCACAUUUAUGGUUGGAGCUUCCAAAGAAGACUUCAAAAAAUCCAAAAAUAUCCUGGAAUGCAUGGGUAUAAGAAUAAUACACUGUGGGGAUCAUGGAAUGGGACAAACCGCAAAGCUUUGCAACAACAUGAUGCUGGCCAUUUCCAUGAUUGGGGUGUCAGAAACCAUGAACUUGGCCAUGAAGCAGGGCCUGAGUCCCAAACUCUUUGCCGAGAUUCUUAACUCCUCUACAGGAUGUUCCUGGACCUCGGAAUUCUAUAAUCCUGUCCCGGGCAUUUCAGCCACAACUCAGAUUCACAAAGUGCCCAUUUCCCUGAUCAACAAGGAUCUGGAUCUGGCUAUGGCUUUGGCCAAGGACUCUAGCUCAGUUACACCUAUGGGCUCAUUGACCCACAAGAUCUACAGUUUUCUGAUAUCUCAGGGCCUAGGAGAUACGGAUUUUUCAGAAGUUUAUGAUUUGAUGAAGAAUAAAAGGUUUGUUUACUAAAG